AGUUGAUGAUAACCGGUUAGUGAAAGGUAGGCCGGUUCGCACUUUACAGAUAAACCGGUAUCGCUGAUCAACUUGGUUUCGCCUCAUUCUCUUCUUCCGUCUGAUUUAUAGUUGGGGGAGGUAGAGAGCAUUCUAUAGCAGAUUCACAAACACAACAAAAGAAGAUAAUGGUGCUCUCUGACUUCACUGGAGUCGGUGUUGGAUUCGGAUUCGGCGUUGGCUGUGGAUUUGGCGUUGGGUGGGGUUUUGGAGGAAUGCCUUUGAAUGUUUUAGGCGUUGGUGUAGGUGGAGGUUGCGGAGUGGGUUUAGGCCUCGGGUGGGGUUUUGGAACUGCCUUUGGUAGUCACUACCGAUCAUCUAGGCUUACCUUUCAAGGCGUCGAGCUAGAGAAGGAUGGUAAAGUUGAAAACAUGUCCAACAACUCUUAGCAGCCUCGGAACUUUCCUUCCCAAAUCACUGAGAAAAACUCAUUGUAUUAAGAAAACAAUGUUAUGACAUCUUUCUUAUUUCUCAAUAAGAAUCAUAUUUCAAAUAAU